GUUUGAAGCUUCAUCUCACACACGCACUUGUUGACGCUUUGCAUUUAUGUAAUUCAUUUUCUGUGCUCAUUCUUGUUUAUAAAUAUAUUAUCCACCUUUUACCUGUGCUAUUUCAUGGCUAGUUAAAGAUACAUGUGCUCUAAAUCCAGAGCUUCUUGCUGCCUCGCGCAAAUGCCACCAUCCCGAUAAUGCCGCUGCCUGUCGCUAAUCCGAACCAACCGCUAGUUUUGCCAGUGCGGACUCUGUUGACGUGUCUCCCUAGAUGAAAUUUGUUUUCGUACGAUUUUGAGCGGGAUUGAGUGAAAAUAAUGUGAGAAUGGCAACUCCGGCGCAUACAUACGGCCCGGCAUGCCUUCUUUACGAGCCUCCAGAGCAAAGGCGACCGAUUUUGGAUCCAACUUUGGAGAUUCCCGAACCUCCAAAAAUACAGUCGCAAUACUUUUACCUGUCAUCAUUGCCAAUAGAUGAUCCUCUUACAGCGAUUCCGGCUCCCUCGAGCAAUCCCGAUGUCACGAAACUGCCCCCUCGACCGUUUUCGGUGCACGAUAAUAUUGCCCUCGAGAAAGCAUGGCAGAGAUUAAAAAGUGCCGUUGAGGAGCAGCCUAAUAAGAAUCCAGAUGAGACGGAAGGCCAGGUUCGUUUGAGGUGCGGAGUAACUGCUCAAGGAAAGAAGAGGGGUGAGGCAGCUAGCCAGGAUGCUGAUGUCAGACGGACUACCGUAACGCUGCCUGAGUUGACUUCGAGGACUCCGCUGCACCACAGUAACGAUGGAAUCGUUGAUAUCCAUGAAACACGCGACUCUACUUCUUCCUCCCAUAUAUUUCGAGGGAGUAGUGUUGAGUCCCAUGCCCAGAGACGAGUGACACGGGACUGGGGUUCCUCCGGGGCGUCCGAGAUUGGGAAUAUUCGGAAGAGGCACAGUAUUCCCAUUGAACGGAGGUCAAAGGCCGCACGGCGAAAUAGGGACUCUUCCCCGGGCUUUGAGGAAGAUGUCUCUGAAGAAGCAAGCGGGCAUUCGACUCCUCACAUUAUUCGGCCUUCUGAUGAUACAAAUAUUAGCGGAUCUCCAUUCAUCAGAGCUCCCAUCCGAGACCGCGAAAUUCGCCGGUCAACUCCAACAUUGAGGUUAAGUAAAGAUUCUGCGGACACGAGCCCUCCCACCGCCCAAGUAACUGCCUCACCAAGCGCAGACGUCGAUAAACUUCAAGGGGAUACUCAGAGCGAGAGUCUGGAAAACGAUGAGCCAGAGGCGACUGUGACAGUAGGAGCUUCACGGCUUCACCUUGUUGAAUUUCCGAGGCUGCAGAUGAAACCCAUCUAUUGGAGCCCGGUCCAUGACAUAUCUCCCGUCAUUAGAGCUACUUGGUUUUAUAAAAAUUCGAUGCUCCCCGUCGAACCGGAAGUUGCAAAUCGACUUGAAGCUGGCUAUAUGUACCUUAAACCAUGGACGGAAACCUGGCAGGACGAACUCAACAGUUGCGUUGAAAACGGAGCUGAAGCAGAGAUGAAGGUUGUGUAUAAGCUCUGGCCGCCUGAAGAUACCAAAUUGCCUAUUAAACCAGGAAGCCGUCCGGGUUCUGAGGCCUCGGCUUCUGUGUCUAGUAGCAGAGAGGUUGGCGAUCAUGCUUUUCAAGGGAAUUAUGCGGCAGGUGCCACAGCCACUUCUGCCGCCAGUGCGAAGUUGUUCAAGAAUUCGAGCGUGAUGUACGUUGAUUCCAAAGAUGCUCAGAUACUCAGACCAAGUCUGCUGCCAUCAGUAGCUGGUGGCCGACGGCCACUAAGUGCCAUCCGGAAGGGAAGGCAGAUUGGAAUUGCCGUUGUACGAGGAUUUAAUCGCCGAGAAUGGGAGAAAGUUCACCCCCCAAAGCUCGUUUCACCCAAUGUAAGAAACUUUAUGAAGAUGCAGGAGGCGGCAACAAGAGAGGCAGCUUCUCGCCGUCAAAUAUGUUAUGCUUGCCAGAUGGAGGAAAAAAAGCCCGAAGUCAGCGAUUUGGUCUUUGUUAUUCAUGGGAUCGGCCAAAAGUUAUCAGAGCGCGUUGAGAGCUUCCAUUUUACUCAUGCUAUGAAUUCCUUUCGAAGACAGGUUAAUAUCGAGCUCAGCAGCAACUCCGUCUGGCCGAACAUGCGUCCUGACUUGGAAAAUAUCAUGGUGCUCCCUGUGAAUUGGCGAUCAACACUUUCCCUUGAAGAUACGGAUGUCGAGGAGGCUAUCGAAGAUCAGCAUAAUGCGAACCGCUUUGUGUUGAAGGAUAUUACCCCCGAAACGAUACCGGCUGUUCGGAAUCUAAUCAGUGAUGUGAUGCUUGAUAUUCCGUAUUAUCUUUCCCAUCAUAAACAGAAGAUGGUUCGUGCAGUAAUUAAAGAGGCUAAUAGGAUAUACCGGCUCUGGUGUCAAAAUAAUCCAGGCUUCCAGCAGAGUGGCAAAGUGCAUAUCAUAGCUCAUUCGCUUGGAAGUAUCAUGGCAAUGGACAUCCUCAGCCAACAGCCAACAAUACUACCCCAUAUUGACUUUUCUAAGACUGACAUUAGCGAGACAAGUCUACUGCCUCGAAGAUACCGAAACAAACCGGGCUGUGAUGAGCAAGAUGUUUCGGAUCCUGGUCUCACCGGUGAAGCAGGGACAUAUGGGUGUUUCGCGAUUGACAACCUCUAUAAUGUAAUGCAUGAAACCGAUCCAAUUGCCUAUCGGCUGAAUGCAGCAGUUGACAGUGAUCUUGCAAACUCUCUUAAACCCGCCUCAGUUCCCACUUCCUCAAUGUCCUUUUUCCAAACGAUAAGCAGCGUCUUCCGAUGGAACUCCAAACCUCAACCUUCUCGACUCGAGAUUCCUGCCCAUUCUGUUGCCGGCUCGUCCACUGCAGCCCAGCAGCGACCCGGCAUAUUUACUAAACUACCGUCUACGAUUGAAAUGGAGACCCAUGAUUUUACCCGUGAAGAGAUUGCCGAAAAACGCAUGCUUCUCCUCAAUGACAAUGGGCAGAUUGAUUACUAUAUCUCCGGUGGCGGCGGCCCGUUGAAUAUUCAAUAUUUGAAUAUGUUGAGUGCACACAGCAGUUAUUGGAUCCUGCCCGACUUUGUGAGGUUUAUAGUCGUUGAGAUUGGAAGGAGAGUGGGCAGAAGUGGUACAUUGCUUGCUUUGAGAGCAGAGAAGAAGAAGGGAUGGAAGCGGAAGUAACGAAUUUCACGAAUCUUUUGGUGUUUCCGUAAACUGGAGUCCGGAAAUUUGAUACCUCAACAAUACCUAUCGGGCUUUUCUUUGGAAUACGCACGGGCUUUUAAGGAACUUGAUACUUGAGCGUCAGGUUGCCUGGUGGCCUACUUUGUUUGAUGAAAUCUGGCGUUUAAAGUCAUUACGGAAGCCAAUUUGGUUAGGAAACUUGAGAUCGUGAUUGCUGGUAGAGCGGCUAGAUAAAAUUUUGGAUUUAUAGAACAAAUUUAUCGUCUGUCUCAGCAUCGAC